AUGAAAGAGGGUUGGGAUGAUCUUCUACGUCGUGUCCCAGCUCUAUAUGAGGCCUCUGAAGAGGUUAAAAACUGCAGUAAGAGUUACGAGGGACUUGCUACAGCUCUUCGAUCUUUGGAACUUCGAUACAACAAUAUCAAUACAGAGUCCAUGGUCACACAAAUGGCUCAUGUCAUACAAGAGAUGUACCCAUCAGCCCGUCAGUUGAAUGAAGAAGUCGUUGCACUCAGAAAUACUGUCAACCGGGAUAUACCAGGAAUCAAAACAGGCACCAAUUGGCAUCUUGACAAGUUCCAGGAGCUCCAAGCCCAGUAUAACGUUCUCCGCCAUGCAUUCUCUACUUGCCAGACCGAGUGUCUCAACACUGCAUCUGCAUCCAAGGAAAGCAACGAAGCUUCAACUACAAAGUCAAAUGAACUGGAAGCGCAGCUCCAAGACCUGAAAACCCAACUUGAAGCUACGCGAAAGUUAGUGGAUGAGCUACGAAUACAGCCACCGACAGAAAUGGCUCCACAAUCUUCUCCGACAGAGAACACUAGUGCCACGCAAGCCCAGGAAAUAUGCGACCAGAUGAGGGCAAUGCUUAACAAAACAAAGAGUGAAAUGGUAGAUUUACGGGCUGAUGUGAAUUCCAUGCUUUCAUCCCAGUCGACGGCUCUAGCAGAUGUCCAGGAGUCGAGCAGGCGAAACCAAAAUCAAUCGCAGGAAUUGGAAUCGGCUCUUACCAACAAACCUUCCGCUGGCUCCAGAGGGUCUGAAUCAACCACACAGCCCCCAUUGGGCCAUUCAGAGCCUGUCUCCACAGAUCCCCUUCGCCAGUCUUCAGCGCGCAUCCAACACAAUCAGGCUUCAGGAAUACAACAAAAUGGCGGUGGUCUUCCAAGCUCCCCACUCAAGACUGGUAUCUCUUCAACCCCCCAGGCCCAUCCGAUGUCUGCAGCGGUUGCAAAUAACAAACGUCUGAGAGAAGAAUGCUCUGAUGAUGACAGUCCAUCAGCAGCCGCCACCACCACUAGCGAGUCGCCUGCGCCAUCUUCUAAUCCCGAUAUAAGGAUAGGUCAAAGGUCACUGAAGAGAAAGAAGAAGAAGAAGAUCAGGCAAAAUAAUUUGGGAGCUCAAGGGUUUUGA